AUGCACUCGAAUGAACAAGAUCUGCGAUGCCCCGGUUGCCACAAAAGAUUUACGCGCCUCGGCGCUCUCAUUGGGCACAUCGAGCUCGAGACAUGCAAAUCACUCCCGAAUAUCGAUAUCGAUCUUGCGAGGAGGGAAAAGGAGCAGUCGAACGCCGCUGUCCAGAGCGCUCGUUCGUUCAAUGACUUCAGUCGAACGGGCGUAUCUUUCAGCGAGGAGCCACACCCACUAGUGAGAACUCCUGGAUUUCCGUCGCCUGCCCAGCGAGGCCAAGCACAAGCCCAAGCCAUUGUCGCGCCGCCUCGUCAGCCACCCCCAAACAUCAUGGAUGCCCAGGAGCCUCUCUCUACACCAGGUAAUGCGUGGACGGGCCAACAAAGCCUUUUCCCUGAUGCUCCUCCUGCCGUUGCCCCUCCCCCAGACCUCGCUGCUACAAUGUUGCAGACCAAUGCCCAACCAGGUCCAGAGGCCAACCCCUAUGAUCCAGACACUCCAGGUUUUGACUCUAGGAAAUAUUACAUUACCAUCAUCAACAAAUUCAAAUGCCCUUAUCGCGGCUGUGGGAAGAGCAUUAACAACCGAAAUGCUUUUAUCGCUCAUCUCAAGUCGCCCGCCCAUCGUAACGAGAAGCUCCAAUGCUCCACCUGCCUGAGGUACUACGAUACCGCCACCGCUUUGACGCAGCACAUGGAGUCCCAAGGUGUUCGAUGCAAGGUUCGCGAGAGCAAUUCCUACAUGACUGCCGUUGACCAAGUCACUGGUGGUGUUGCAUUGCCGUUUGGUAAGCACCAAGACAAUACCGUCAAGUAUGUCGUCAAUUCCGGGGUGUUUGAUCCUGCUAGUGGUGGUGUUGUUGCGGCUAGCAAGUCAGCGGCUGAGGUGAAGAACCAAACCUUCAACAAGUUCUGGGAGGAUCAUGUGCCAAAGUGGUAAGCUGAGGCAAAAGUCAGUGGAGAUAUAUGAUGCUAGGUGGAGAUUAUCAGAUGGCAUGCGUCCUCUUUGCCCAACAUUCCGUC